AUGACAAUUAAAAAAAGAACACAUUCUAAUAUCUCAGAUCAUGAAGAAGAUCUUGUUUCUAACAAUCAUAAAAAAAUUUUAAGUGCUAACACUAAUAAUAUUAAUAAUGACAGGAGAGGCACUUCUGAUGUUAUUUCCGAAAACUUGGAGGUUGAAGAAGAAGAAGACUUGGCAGAAGAAAAUAAUCUUCUAUCGUCAUCUAAUUUUGAAUGGCAACGUACAAUAUCAAAAGUGGUAAAAUCUGUUGUUUCUAUUCAUUUUUCUCAAGUAGCACCAUUUGAUUGUGACCAAGCUUUGGUCAGUGAAGCUACCGGAUUCAUUGUAGAUGCAGAUAGAGGUAUCAUUUUGACAAAUAGACAUGUUGUUGGUUCUGGUCCGUUUGUUGGGUUUGCAGUUUUCGAUAAUCACGAAGAAUGUGAUCUUAUUCCGAUUUAUAGAGAUCCAGUUCACGAUUUUGGGUUUUUAAAAUUUGAUCCAAAAAAAAUUGAAUAUAUGGAAGUUAGUGCAUUAGAAUUGAAACCUUCUUUAGCUUCAAUCGGUUUGGAAAUUAGAGUUGUUGGUAAUGAUGCCGGUGAAAAAUUAAGUAUUUUAAGUGGAUUCAUCAGUAGAUUGGAUAGAAAUGCUCCUGAUUAUGGGGAAUUAACGUAUAACGAUUUUAAUACUGAGUAUAUUCAAGCAGCAGCAUCUGCUUCUGGUGGUAGCAGUGGGUCUCCAGUUGUUAAUAAAGAUGGUUAUGUGGUUGCAUUACAAGCUGGCGGUUCUACAGAGGCUUCAACAGAUUUUUUCUUACCAUUGGAUAGGAUAUAUAGGGCUUUGGCAUGUAUUCAAGAAAAUAAACCAAUUACUAGGGGUACAAUUCAAACACAGUGGCUAUUAAAGGCAUUUGAUGAGUGUAAAAGAUUGGGGUUAACUUCUGAUCGUGAAAGUGAGUUUCGUUCUACUUUUCCCGACAAAUUUGGGUUAUUAGUUGCGGAGACUAUUUUAAAAGAGGGACCAGCUAGCAAUAAGAUUGAGGAGGGGGAUGUUUUGAUUUCGAUUAAUAAUAACUUGAUUUCCUCGUUUAUCCAAGUAGACGAUAUUUUAGACAGUAGCAUUGGUGAAAAUAUUAGGGUUGUUGUUCAGAGAGGUGGCAAAGAAAUAAACUUUGAAUGUAAAGUGGGUGAUUUACAUCAAAUUACUCCAAAUAAGUAUGUGGAAGUAUGUGGUGCUACGUUCCACGAGUUGUCAUACCAGAUGGCUAGAUUGUAUGCUAUCCCAGUUAGAGGUGUUUUUUUAAGCAGUGCUACAGGGUCUUUCAACCUUGAUAAAUCAGAAAAAGUUGGUUGGAUUAUCGACAGCGUUGAUAACAAAACUACUAAAGAUUUGGCCGGAUUUGUUGAAGUUAUGAAGAAAAUCCCAGAUAGAAAAAGAGUUAUGGUGACAUAUCAUCAUUUAGGGGAUCAACAUUCGCCACAAGUUUCUUCUGUAUAUAUAGAUCGUCAUUGGAGCCAUGAAUUUAGAAUUUACACUAGAAAUGAUACUACAGGUAUCUGGGACUAUGCCAAAUUAGGUGAACCUAUUAAACCCGAACCUCUGGUGCCGAAAUCUGCUAAAUUUAUUGAUAUGGAAUUGGAUUCUCCUCAGUUAUCUAAGGUUUCCCAUUCUUUGGUUAUGGUUUCGUCUAUAGCUGCGAUUCCGAUAGAUUCUAUUUCUAGCGAUCCAGUCAGACUAGCCGGUCUGAUUUUAGAUGCUGUCAAUGGCUACGUGGUAGUUUCAAGACGUGUAAUUCCACACGAUUGCUUAGAUUGUUUUGUGACAAUUGCCGAAUCUAUCAUAGUUCCAGCAAGCGUAAUUUUUUUGCAUCCAACACAAAACUUUGCUAUAGUUAAAUAUAAUCCAAAAUUGGUCAAUGCCAACAUUGAAUCACCUAUUUUUUCUGAUAGACCGUUGGAAAGAAAUGAUAAAGUCACCUUUAUUGGUCAAACAUCCAAUGGUAGAUUGGUUUCCUCGCCCACCAAAGUUUCAUACAUUUCAUCGUUCAGUGUACCAAGUAAUUUAAUCCCACGUUAUAAAGCUACCAAUUUAGAAGCCAUUUCUAUCGAUUGCAACAUUAGUAGCAGAUGCUAUUCUGGUAUCUUGUGCGAUGAGGAUGAUGGUAAAAUUAGAGGGUUGUGGUUAUCGUUUUUAGGCGAUAGAAGGGAAGAUAAAGAAAAUAUAUAUUUAAUGGGGUUGGAUAUUACGGACAUUUUACCCGUUUUAAAUAUCUUACGGAAAAAUGAGAAACCAUAUGUUCAUAUUGUUGAUGCUGGGUUUGGUUCAAUUACUCCACUUCAGGCCAGGAUCAGAGGUGUCCCUGAUGAAUGGAUUGAAAGAAUGGAACAAAGCUCUACAACUAGAAUUCAAUUUAUUUCUGUUGACAGGGUUUCUUACACCAAAGAAAUUAAAAAUAGAUUAUAUCCAGGUGAUGUGAUAUUGGCUGUUAAUGACAAGUUGGUUCAAAGCAUGAGAGCUGUAUACGGUAUUGUUAAUACUAUUCCUGAUAAGGAAAUAACAUUAAAGUUUAAAAUUGUUCGUAACAGCACUGUUGUCGAAUUGCCAAUUAAGACAAUACAAGUUCAAGAAACAGAUUCUAUUGUUAUAUUUUCCGGUGCGUUAGUACAAGAACCACAUCACGCAGUGUUGCAAGCAAUGACCAAUCUUCCAAGUCGUGUAUAUGUUACAUUUAAAAGCCAAGCAUCUCCUGCUACUCAAUAUGGUAUUUCUUGUACUAAUUUUAUUACGCAUGUCAAUGAAAUGCCAACUACCAAUUUGCAAUCUUUUAUUAAAGCUAUCAAAACAAUUCCUGAUAACACAUAUUGCAAGAUUAGGUUAGUUACAUUUGAUAAUAUCCCAUUUGCUAUUUCAUUAAAGACCAAUUAUCAUUAUUUCCCAACGACCCAAUUAAAAAAGACUUUGGAUACUAAAGAAUGGGUUGAAGAGACUGAAGCUGCAGAAUGA